AUUUCGAAAAGAAAAAUUGUUCAAUCAACACACAAAGAAUAUUCAAAUGCAAAUGUUUGUAAUAAAAAAAAAAAAAAAAACAUAGAUAUCAAUUUAUUAAUUAAUAUUUUAUACAAACAUUCUCUGUGUGCAUUCAAUUAACGAUCAAAUAAACGAAAGAGAAGGACAAUAUAAACAAAUGAAAAAAGAAAUAAACAUAUUGCCACGAGUAUAAAGUUUGAAUAAUUUCUAACUGAAAUGUUAAUUGAAACAUUGAUAAACAAAGAUGUAUUCAACUGAGAUAUCAAUAAUAUUCUUCUAUACUGCAUUUUGAAACACACUCAAUACGUGUUUUUAACGUAAAUGCAUAAAUAAAAACAUGAUAUAUCAAAAUAAUAAUAUUCAUGCAAAAUUGCAUUGAUACGUUUACAAGGGAAUUUAAAGUUAAAUGGCUAAGGGAUAAUGAACAAACUUAUUGAUCGUAAAUCAUUAUUUGAUUUAUAUCUUAUCCGGUAUGAAUUUAAUUCAAGUUCAAAUUUCCGAAAAUUUUUUUGUUGUUGUCGUUCAUAUACGAUAAUAAAAAUGUUAUCUUUCGUUAGAUAUAAAUUCAAUUUAUAUGAAAAACCGUUAACAACUUUUUGAUAUCAUUUGAUAACUGAUAUCAACUGGUCUGUAUUUUUGGUGAAUGUCAUACGAUAAAUCAUGUAUAUCUUCAAUAUUGUCCUAUAUCUUAAACGUUCAAAAUUGGCCAAUACGCACAUCCGAUCUGGUAUGCGUAACAAUCUUUUUGCAAACGCGGCAGUAAAUCGCGGUGAGAAAAACGUGCAAAUUAAUGUACGCCAUAAUACCACCAAUGUUUUAUCCGAAUCUAAAAAGCAUACUAAUAUUUCUCGAUUACAAAGAUGGUUAAUAGGAAUAUUAAUUUUCCUGUUAAUGUUCAUCUUAGUUAUCAACACUUAUUCAACAAGACAAUUUCGUAUUACACAUUUUGGUAAUAUCGAGAAAGAAACCAUAGAAGAUAAUUAUGAAGAAUCUUUCAUGUCAAUUGAAAAUACCGGAUAUCUGGUUAGCACCAAAGGUUGUAAAAUACCAGCGAUGGAACCAUUUGAUCGAGCAAUUAUGCGUUUUAUUCAAAAAGAAAAGCCAAUAGUAUGUAAAGCUGGAACCAUACCGCCAUUGAUCGAAUCAAAUAAUUUUCUGGUUUAUGUAAAUCCAUUGUCUCGAAUGCUUUAUUACAACCAAUCAACGGAUAUCGUUAAUUGUUGCUGGAACUCCUUCGAACGUAUGAAAAACAACGAUAAUGCUAACACAUAUAACAACGAUUGUUAUUUCUUCGAUAAAUCUAAUCAGGUUACGGCGGAAUUUAUAAGAGUCAUAUGUUGGCGUGGAAAAGAAAUAAUAUAUAAAGAUUAUCAUGCAUUUGUACCACGUAAACCGGACGUUGAAAAAAGAUGUGAACUUGCUGUGAAAACGAAUCCCAUUGAAAAUCGAUUAAGUAUUUUGGUGAUUGGGAUUGAUUCGGUUUCGAGAUUGAACUUUCGUCGAAGUAUGCCAAAAACUGUUAAACUUUUGGAAGAUUUGGAAGCAGCUGAAAUGUUAGGGUAUACAAAAGUUGCUGAUAAUACUUAUCCAAAUCUCAUAACUGUGUUGUCUGGCUUAAAUCAAGACGAAUUGGAAAAACUUUGUUGGCAGCAUAAGAAAAAAACGUUCGAUGAAUGUCCAUUUAUUUGGAAAAACAUGAGUUCUGCUGGAUAUAGAACAAUAUUAGCUGAGGAUGCAUGUCACAUGAGUAUAUUUAAUUAUUUAAAACCAGGAUUUAAAGAACAACCUACGGAUUAUUACUUACGACCAUUUUGUAUAGAAAGUGAAGGUGAUAUUGGUAAUACCAAUAAAUUGAAUGCUAAUCUUUGCGUUGGUACGAGAUUAACGUUCGAUAAUCUUAUCGAUUAUACUAAAAAAGUAGCAACAACAUUCCCGAAUGAUCUUUAUUUUGCAUUUACCUGGAUGGCUAGUUUGACACACGAUUAUUUAAAUUACGCGCAAUUAAGUGACAAGAGUUAUCACAAGUUGAUUGAAUUACUUUCGGAAAGACAAUAUCUCAAUAAUACCGCUUUGAUAAUGAUGAGUGAUCACGGUUUGAGAUUUGGACAAUUUCGUCAGACAUUUCAGGGUAAGAUGGAAGACAGUCUUCCGUUCUCCUUUCUGGUUUUACCAAAAUGGUGGAGAGACAAAUAUUCCGUGGCUUGGGCUAACAUGCGUAGAAAUAUGCGAAGUUUAACAACAGCGUUCGAUGUACACGAGACUUUAAAAGAUAUAGCGGAUCCUAGAAGAAUUGAAGAGGAUACUUUGAAACAACGAAAUCAACAAAUUUCCAAAGGAAAUGUACCACGUGGUAUAAGUUUAUUUUUACCUAUACCCGAUCAUAGAACAUGCAAUAUGGCAGGAAUACCAGGUAACUUGUGCAUGUGUCACAGAUCGGAAGAUGUAUCCCUCGAUGACAUAAGAGUUAAAAAUAAUGUUCAAUAUUUGAUGAAAGUGUUGAACGACAUGUUAAGGAAAUAUCCGCUUUGUUCCAUGUUACAUUUACGGACGAUCAAACAAGCCAAAAUGUUGGCCAAUGCUAAAGAAUCUUCUUGGAUCGAUUAUUCGAUACAAUUUCAAACAUAUCCCGGAGAGGCCAUAUUUGAAGGUAUGGUGCGUUAUAGAAAAGAUGAAAAAUCUUACAAUCUGUUAGGAACAAUUGGCAGACUUAAUGCUUAUGGUAGCCAAAGUGCGUGUAUGACCGAUUUUAACAUGCGCCUUUACUGUUAUUGCCUUUAGGCACGUCACGUAUCUGAUCAAUUUUAGAUUGGUGAUAUUUUGUAGUAUUUUAAAUAAAUAUACCAUAAGUCACAUUAAAA